AUGCCUUCUGAUGUUCCAAAUUCUAGCUCUAUAAGGUCAACAACCUGGACAACAUUUGCUUCCCCCGGAAGUCAGUCAAAAACUGAUACUGGGCAACCUACUGAAGAAAAAGAAACAGCAAAAGAUGGGACGGUGUGGAAAAUUGUAGCAGUGGGUUCUAAUGCAGGUCGUCUACAAAGUCAUAACAUUUUGCCGGAGAGCUCAGGACCAACAUCAUAUGCUAAAAGGAAAAUUCAAAGUGGGAAACUUCUUAGUGCUUGGCGGUUAAUUUUCGGUGCUUCCAUGAUGCGCCACAUCAAGCACUGUACUGAAGCUGAAGCUCGUCGUCGAACACAAGACGAUUUCUAG